UAGUCUAACACCAGCAGAGCAUUAAAAUGCCUCGCCUGAAACGAUCGAAAAAGGACGGACAAAUAUACCGGGACCGUGAAAUAAUCUUAAACAAUUCCUUGUCACCUUCGAUGGCACCUCGGGCUCAUCACCCUUCCUAGUGAAUGCCCUUUGAAUAUCUCGUUUCAGUUAGGCCUUUGCCUGGUCUUUCCAUUAAGAUUCAGCAGUUGACGGAUAUGAAUGUUAAAUUCAACGUCUAACUUUUUUCAAAACAGAGGUAGUCAUUGUUGUCAUUCAAUAUUCCACAAAACCUCCGCUGGAAUUAAGCCAUAAUAGCUUUGCAAGUGUGCAGUGCAUAAUAAUGGACUCAGAGAACUCAUGGGAGCUGAUCGGAAAGUUUCUAACUUGUGCAUCCAAGGGUGAUAGAAUUGGAUUGAAUAAAAUGCUAAUGGAGGGUGUUCCCCCAGAUCUUAAAGACUAUGAUGAUAGAACGGCAUUACAUCUUGCAGCCAGUGAAGGACAUGCUUCGAUUGUGGAGCUGCUUCUUGAACAUAAUGCAUGUGUCAAUCCCUAUGAUCGAUGGAAACGAACUCCUUUAGCAGAUGCUAGACAUUAUGAUCGCAAAGAUAUAUGCAAGAUUCUUGAGGCUUAUGGAGGCGAAUGCGACUGUGAUAGUCCUCGGCUUGAAUCAAAUUCAGGGUAUGAGAUUGAUCACACUGAGAUAGAUUAUACAGAAAAAUGCACAAUGCUUCAGAAUAAUGAUUCCAUUGUUGAGAAGGUCAAAUGGAGAGGUACAUGGGUGGUUCAAACAACAAUAAUUAGUGAAGAUGCAGUAGACUUCUAUGCUCAGAACAUCUUUGAGGAGUUAAGAAAUUUGCGACAUCCCAAUAUUGUGCAAUUCCUUGGUGCAGUUAUCCAAAAUCAGAACAUAAUAAUACUCACUGAGUUCUUACCUAAGGGUAGCCUCAAUGAAAUGCUAGAGAAGAAAAAUCCGUUAGAUUUGCAAAUCGCACUACAAUUUGCUCUUGACAUUGCUAGGGGGAUGAACUACCUCCAUGAACACAAACCAAAGCCUAUUGUUCAUAAAUACCUUUCUACCAGAAAUUUGUUUCUAAAUGGGCCGAGGCAUCUUAAGAUAGGAGAGUUUUGGUGGCAAAGAUUAAAAAAAGCAUCUCCUACAGUAGAAGAUGACAAUGACGGAACACCAACAAAUCAUAUGACACCAAAGAAUAUGUCAAAUGAACUAUAUGAGACAAAAGUAGAUGUCUUGUCAUUUGCACAUAUACUUUUUGAGAUGCUUGAGGGGCAUCCUCCCCAUUCAACUGAUGAAUUAUGUCAAGGUGAAUUAAAAUUCAAAAAGAGCAAAUGCCAUAAAAUAUUAAGGAAAUUGAUAUAUGAUUGUCACAAUAAUGAUUCAACAAAACGACCAACCUUUAGCAAAAUAAUUGCAGAUUUAGAAACAAUCUCUAAUUUGAUUCCAAAAUAUGAUUGUAUGGUGUGUUAAAUGAUUUUUUCCUUUAAAAUAUAAUAGGUUUUAACUUAUAAUAUUCUUUUACAUAAUUUAUUUGUGAAAGAUUUUCACUAAUAGGAGAACUUUGCUAUUUAAGUCAUCAACAUCAUCAUUAUAUUUUGAGUGGUCAUUUUUCUAUGACUUUAUUAACUCAUGUACAUCAAAUAAUAUUUAUGUAAGUUGACUAUAAUUUCGAUGCUCAAGUCAUCACGAGGAUGACUAUUUGUUAUGAGUAGUCAUUGUUCAUUGACAUUGUAUCUCACAUUGUAGAUUGAAGAUUAAUCAUGUAAUAAGAGGAUCCAAAAACACAUAAGCGCCUCUAAGAAUUUGUCACUGUGGAGAGAGAAACAAUAGAUGGGCACAUGAACAUGGUUGUGCGGACACACAUAAACCAUUAAUAACCUUUUGAUUCACACUCUCCAAAAGACUAAAAUGU